AUUACAGUCAUGAAGUAGCAACGAGAAUAAUUCGAUGAUUGGGUCACAACAGGAGGAGCUGUAUUUAAAGGGCCAGAAGGUUGAGAAGCACUGUCAGCUAGGGGGCUCUCAGUUCCCUUGCCAUGCCUUAGCCCUGCGACCUGGGCAGCCCCUCGACCCUCCUGUGGAUGCUGCUGCAUCGACGACAUGAGACAGGAAUAAAAAACGUGGAAUGCCCGUUUGUGAGGACCGCGCGAGGGAAGGCAGAGAAUUUGUAGUCCGAUGCCUAGAAUGAAAAAGUUGAUAUGUCUAGAUUCCCUGUUGAAAAUAUUAGAAAUUUCAGUAUCAUUGCACAUGUGGAUCAUGGCAAAAGUACUUUAGCUGACAGGCUCCUGGAAUUAACAGGGACAAUUGAUAAAACAAAGAAUAAUAAGCAAGUUCUUGAUAAAUUGCAAGUGGAACGAGAAAGAGGAAUCACUGUUAAAGCACAGACAGCAUCUCUUUUCUAUAAUAAUGAAGGAAAACAGUAUCUUUUAAAUCUCAUCGACACACCAGGCCAUGUUGAUUUUAGUUAUGAAGUAUCCAGGUCACUGUCUGCUUGCCAGGGUGUUUUACUGGUGGUUGAUGCAAAUGAGGGUAUUCAAGCCCAAACUGUAGCAAACUUCUUUCUUGCCUUUGAAGCACAACUAUCGGUAAUUCCAGUUAUAAACAAGAUAGAUUUGAAGAAUGCUGAUCCUGAAAGGGUUGUAAAACAAAUUGAAAAGGUGUUUGAUAUUCCUAGUGAUGAAUGCAUUAAGAUUUCUGCUAAACUGGGAACAAAUGUUGAAAGUGUUCUUCAGGCAGUCAUCGAAAGAAUACCCCCUCCUAAAGUGCAUCGCAACAGUCCCCUGAGAGCUUUGGUAUUUGACUCCACCUUUGACCAGUAUAGGGGUGUGAUAGCCAAUGUAGCAUUAUUUGAUGGAGUGGUUUCAAAAGGAGAUAAAAUUGUAUCUGCACAUACUCAAAAGACAUAUGAAGUUAAUGAAGUAGGAGUUCUGAAUCCUAAUGAGCAGCCAACUCAUAAACUAUAUGCAGGACAGGUGGGCUAUCUGAUUGCUGGGAUGAAAGAUGUCACUGAAGCACAAAUAGGAGAUACAUUAUAUUUACAUAAGCAACCAGUGGAGCCCUUGCCUGGGUUUAAAUCAGCGAAACCAAUGGUAUUUGCAGGAAUGUACCCUGUGGAUCAGUCUGAAUAUAAUAACCUGAAGAGUGCUAUAGAAAAAUUGACCUUAAAUGAUUCCAGUGUGACAGUUCAUCGGGAUAGUAGCCUUGCCCUAGGUGCUGGCUGGAGAUUGGGGUUUCUCGGACUUUUGCAUAUGGAAGUUUUCAACCAGCGACUAGAGCAAGAAUAUAAUGCUUCUGUUAUUUUGACAACUCCUACUGUUCCAUAUAAAGCUGUUCUUUCAUCAGCAAAAUUGAUAAAGGAAUACAGAGAAAAGGAAAUUACAAUAAUCAAUCCUGCACAGUUCCCUGAUAAAUCAAAAGUAACAGAAUAUUUGGAGCCAGUUGUUUUGGGCACCAUUAUAACACCAGAUGAAUUUACUGGAAAAAUAAUGCUGCUUUGCCAGGCUCGAAGAGCAGUUCAGAAGAAUAUGGUGUUUAUUGAUCAAAACAGAGUUAUGCUUAAAUAUCUCUUACCUUUGAAUGAAAUUGUGGUGGAUUUUUAUGAUUCUUUGAAAUCCUUGUCUUCUGGAUAUGCUAGUUUUGAUUACGAAGAUGCAGGCUACCAGACUGCAGAACUUGUAAAAAUGGAUAUUCUACUGAAUGGAAAUAUUGUAGAGGAGCUGGUAACUAUUGUACACAAAGACAAGGCACAAACUGUUGGCAAAGCCAUAUGUGAACGUCUGAAGGAUUCUCUUCCUAGGCAGCUGUUUGAAAUAGCAAUCCAAGCUGCUAUUGGAAGUAAAAUCAUUGCAAGAGAAACUGUGAAAGCCUAUAGGAAAAAUGUUUUGGCAAAAUGUUAUGGUGGUGACAUUACCCGGAAAAUGAAGCUUUUAAAGAGACAAGCAGAAGGAAAGAAAAAACUGAGGAAAGUUGGCAACAUAGAAGUUCCUAAAGAUGCUUUUAUAAAAGUUCUGAAGACACAAACUGAUAAAUAAUUGGUGUGAAAAUAUAAGGAAUUUUUUUUAAUUAAAAGUUGUGUGUCCUUUAGUUUUUCUUGUAAGUUUGUAAUAUGUUGACAACAGAAUGAAAAUUAUAAAAUUUGCUUGUUACUUUCAGGGUUUUCAGAUAUAACCAUUUGGCUUUUCUUUGAACAGUACUGGUAAGUGGAUAAGAGCUUGGACUCUGAAGGCAUAUCGUCUGGUUUCAAAUUUCUGUUCCACCACUUACUAGCAAGGUAAAUUACUUACCUCUCUUAGUCUGUUUACUCUUUAGUAAGAUCAGGUUAAACUAUACUUACCUCUGUAGGUUGUUAAAUGAGGUAAUAUGGUGGAAAUACUCAGAAGAAUGCAUGGCACAUAGUAAGUGCUCAGUGAAUCGUACCUAUUUUGUUUUCAUGCACACUUUUUCUGACACUAAGAAGGCCCCAUACUUAAAAAUCGGUCUAAUUCAAGACCAUGGUAGAAAUAUUUUCAAAAUCACCAAAAGUAUCAAUUUGUUGUUAGCUGGAUAAAUUCAGGUGAUAUAUGAGUCAGUUAUUAAGUAAAGUCACAUAACAUACUAUCUAGAUGUGCUCUAGUUUUUGAUAAAAUUUUUGACACUGGAUUGUUUAUGUACAGGGUGAGGCAAAGAAGGUUUACAGUUUUUAUGGAAAAUAAUACCAUAAUUAUAAAUAACGAGGCCCAAUGCAUAAAAUUCAUGCAAGAGUAGGCCUUCCUUCCCCUGGCUGCCGGCACCCGCUUCCCUCUGGCACCCCUGGGACCCAGGCUUCCCUCGCAGCCCUGGCUUUGUCCAGAAGGUCGUCCAAAGGAUGUCCGGUCUAAUUAGCAUAUUAUGCUUUUAUUAUAGAUAACAAGAAUAAACUAUUUCACAUAAUCACAACUGUAAACCUAUUUUUGCCCCACACUGUAUACAUCUAAGUUAAAAUAAGGGUAGGGCUGUCUUAUUUUUGAUCAUUGAAAUGCAGUUGUGCAAAGUCAUAGGGGUUUGGUAUCAGCAGCAGCUGUUAUUAAUGGCAGUUUAAUAAUUAUUGUCUAGAUUUCAUAAUUGAGACUGAGCUUUAUUGCUUAGUAACUUACUUGAGGUCACACAGGUGGUAAAUGGCCAUCUUACUUCAAAGCAUGUUUCUUGACUACCAUGUUUACUCAGUCAAUGAACAAACCAGAGGGCAGAUUAUAUUACUGUAGGUAAACUACAGUCGGACCCUUAACAAUGCAAGGGUUAGAGGCACUGAUCGCCUGCAAUCAAAAAUCCAUGCUUAAUUUAAAUUGGCUCUCUGUAUAUGCAGGUUCCAAUGCGUUUAACUGGGAGGGUUAGUUGAACUGUACAGGCUAAUUGAAAAAAUCUGCUUAUAAGUGAACCUACCCAGUUCAAACCCAGGUUAAGAGUCACAUGUAAUUUAGCUAUUGAUUUUUGUCCUCUUCCUUGACUGAAUUGGAUGAGGUAAAUAUCUUUGAGGGAUAAGACUAUCAAUUUAUACCAUGGUUAUUACAUGAUAAUUUUAAGGUAGUGGGGAUUUACUUAAAAUUGUAUAUAAGGGUUAAAAUAACUUGUGAUUUAGUCCUAGUUAAAUUAGCUCAGAUAUCUCGCCUCUCCUUUCUAGCUCUAAUAAAAUAGGUGAAAUAUGAGACACAUGACAACAGUAUUUUGGAAAUGGCACUAUAUUUGAAACUAGAAAAGCAUUUAAAUACAGUUUAAACAAAAGUGUUUUCUAUUAUUAGGAAAAAGUUACAUGUUGUUAUUGGGCACAUAUUCUGCACCACAUAUCUAUUUGGUAUUUGUGCUUUAUUAGUAUGUUUUCAGUUUGGAUACAUUCGUUUCCUUUAACCUCUGACUCUUGAA